CCAAGAUCCGCACGUCCACCCCAACCAAAAAGGAAAUGAUACCAGAAGAAAGGCCAGAUUUUUCCACAGCUUCAAAAGGCAAAGAAAUCUCCUUUAUCCACUCGUACCAUCGAGAUCUACCUCACCAAUGCCGCAACUUCUCGUCCGCCGCCGGUGAUCGAUCUCCGCAGCUUCCUGAAAUGAUUAACGGUGCGCAAGUCGCCGCCUUUUCAGAUUCCGACAACUGCAGCAGCACCUCCUUACCCGAGAUCAUUGAUUCCUCCCCGCCGGACGUCGAAGCCCUCCGCCGCCUCUCUGACAACCUCGGCUCCCUCUUCCAAUCUCCCGAGUUUGAUUUCUGCGCCGACGCUCGCAUUGUCGUCGGUCUCACCGAGUUCGGCGUUCACCGCUGCGUGCUCUCAGCUCGCAGCCCCUUGUUCUGCGAUUUCUUCGCGAAGAAGGGGAGCAGGAGGAUCGAGCUCAAUGAGUUGCUGGGAGAUUUCCAGGUGGGCGGCGAUGCGUUUGCGUUUGUUCUUGCUUAUAUCUAUUGUGGCAGAGUGGCUGCGUUGCCGAAGGACGUGUGUAUGUGUGCGGAUGAGGAUUGCUCUCAUGUUGGAUGCCGCCCACUGGUUGAUUUUAUGGUUGAGGUGCUCUACGCGUCUUUCAUCUUCCAGAUAUCUGAACUCGUUAGUCUCUUCAAUAGGCAUCUUCUUGAUAUUCUUGACAAGGUAGCAAUCGAUGAUGUACCAGUCAUUCUUUCUGUUGCGAAUUCGUGUCGUAGUUUAUGUGAAAAAUUGCUUAUUAAGUGCGUUGAAAUUGUAGUCAUGUCGGACUUAGAUGUUGUAACUCUAGAGAAGGCCUUGCCCUCUGAAAUCCUCAACCAAGUAGAGGAAGCACGCGCAGCUCUGGGUCUGCAACGUCUCCUCUGUUCUCCUUAUCCUGACAAGCAUGUGAAGAGAAUUCAUGGAGCUCUGGAUUCUGAUGAUGUCGAGUUAGUGCGCCUGCUGUUAAAAGAGGGACAGACUUCUCUAGAUGAUGCGUGUGCGUUGCAUUACGCUGUGGCUCAUUGCGAUUCGAAAAUUACGGCUGAGCUUCUGGAUCUCGGGCUUGCGGAUAUCAACCACAGGAACCAGAGGGGAUAUACUGUGCUGCAUGUUGCUGCUAUGCGGAGAGAACCGAAAUUGAUAGUUUCUCUUCUAACUAAAGGAGCAAGGCCAGCUGAUCUUACAGUAGAUGGAAGAAAGGUUCAGAUUUCUAGGAGGCUGACGAAGUAUGUGGAUUACUGUAAGGCGACAGAAGAAGGGAAGCCUUCUCCGAAGGAGAGGUUGUGCAUUGAGAUAUUGGAGCAGGCGGAGAGAAGUGAUCCACUCAUAGGAGAAGCUUCGGUUUCUUUGGCGAUGGCUGGGGAUAAUUUGCGUAUGAGAUUGUUAUACCUUGAAAAUAGAGUGGCGCUGGCAAGGGUGUUGUUUCCAAUGGAGGCAAGAGUCGCCAUGGAUAUCGCUCAUGUUGAUGGCACCUUGGAGUUUUCGCUCGGCACAUCUGCAAGCCAUAGAUCCACAGUAGACUUAAAUGAAGCACCUUUCAGGAUUAAGGAAGAGCAUCUAAUCCGAAUGAAAGCACUUUCCAAAACAGUUGAACUCGGGAAACGCUUCUUCCCCCGAUGCUCGGAGGUUCUGAACAAAAUCAUGGAUGAUGAUGAUGUAACUGAGCUUACUUUUUUCGGGCAUAAUACCUCCGAAGAUCAUCGACGAAAGAGGUACAUGGAACUCCAGGACGUGUUGAGCAAAGCUUUUACUGAGGACAAGGAGGAAUUUGAUAAGUUUGCUCCGAAUCAAUAGUUUUCAAGUGAGGAAGUAGUUUUAGAUUUAUGUAUGCUGGUUUUUGAAUUUCAGGUGAGGAAAGUAGUUUAGCUUUCUGUGUCUUCUGUAGCCAUUGUUGUAAUUGUAUGUAAAUACUUUCUGCUGUACGUUUCAGCAGUAAAAGGUCUGUAAUCAAAUUUUGUUACUGUAAAU